UCCCACCCUCCUGGUCACCCUUCCCAACUCAUCUGGCUGGGCAGGGCCUGGCAGAGACAUAGCCUUGGCCAAACCUUAGGGCAACCAACUAGGAGGAAGAGGCAGCCAGGAGACAUGAAGCAAUGCCGGUCUAGCGCUGGUUUCUCUUCUCCUCUCCUCGGCUGGAGCUGACACUCGCUCCCGCUCCUCGGUUGAGCUGCGCGGACCAGCAGGGUCCUGUGCUGCCCUUCUCGGAGGGGUCGGUGGCCCACGGCCCUUUCCCUGUUCGGACAGUGAAUCCCUACUGAGAUCCAGAUCAGUACCCGUCAGCACCUCGCCUGCCCGCAUCUCCCCUCGCCCAGAGCCACCGACCGGUCCUGGGGAGCUCGGAAGGGCGCCGGUCACCUCCCCGAGACGCAGCUGCGUCCCAGACAGCAGAGCCUUUAGCGAAGAACCCUCCCACGGCCGAGGAUUGGGGGGGGGAGGAGGGAAGAAGGCAGCGGAGGAGGCAGGCGGGGCGAGGGACUUUCUGUCCCGCUGCUCCCUGAGCUGGGCCAGCGGAGAUCCCGCAACCCCUGUCUGAGCCCGGCAUCGGCCCCUGCUCAGGUCCCGGUCCCGCGGGGAUCUGUCACGGAAUCCGCCAGCAGAGCCGGAAGCGACGCGGAGCCAUGUGGCAGCUCGGUGCCCGCUCCCUGUGCCGGCAGAGCUGCUGCAGCAGGCAGAGCUGGCUGCCCUGGCCCAGCCCCUGCCACGGCCCCCGCUCUGCAGCCCCACAGCACCGCGGCACCGCCCGGACCCCCGGGAUGGCCCCAGCCCGCAGCCUCUCCGCCGUGGCCACCUCCAUCCGCCUCUCGCCCGCCGCCCGCAGCCUCUUCGAUGAGCCGCUGGCCAUCGCCGUGCAGGGCCUGGGACCACGGCAGCAGGUCACCCUGCGGACAUCCCUGCGGGACGAGACAGGAGAGCUUUUCCAGGCCUAUGCCCGCUACCAAGCGGGAGACAACGGCGAGCUGGACCUCGCCCGCUGCCCCGCGCUGCCGGGAGGCAGCUUCUGCGGGCUGGAGCCCAUGGGGCUGCUCUGGGCUUUGCAGCCUCGGAAGCAGUACUGGCGGCUGGUAAAGCGAGACGUGCAGAGCCCUUUCCUGCUGCAGCUGGAGGUGUUUGAGGGCCACGGAGAGUCCCCCGGGCGGCUCCUGGCCCAGGCGCAGCACGAGCGGGUGUUCCUGCGGGAUGGGGUGCGGAGAGUCCCGGUGCGAGAGGGGAGGAUCCGGGCGACGCUUUUCCUGCCCCCUGGAAAUGGGCCCUUUCCAGGAAUUAUUGACUUGUAUGGAACCGGAGGUGGACUCCCUGAAUACAGGGCAUGCCUGCUGGCCAACCAUGGCUUUGCUGUGCUGGCUCUGGCUUACUACAGCUAUGAAGAUCUCCCCAAAGAGAUGAAGGAAUUCCACUUGGAAUAUUUUGAAGAAGCUGUAAACUAUAUGUUACAACACCCACAGGUUAAAGGUCCAGGAAUUGGAUUGCUGGGGAUCUCAAAGGGGGGUGACCUGUGCAUCUCCAUGGCUUCCUUCCUGAAGGGCAUCGCGGCCACUGCUCUCAUCAAUGGCUCAGUGGCAAAUGUGGGCGCAGUGCUCCACUACAAGGAUGUCACCAUUCCACCCCUUGGCAUGAACACUGAACGCAUCAAGGUCAACAAGUCUGGGAUUGCUGAUAUUGUCGAGGUACUGAACAACCCACUAGAAGGGCCUGACCACAAAAGCCUUAUCCCCUUGGAGAAAGCUGAGUGUCACUUCUUGUUCGUUGUUGGCCAGGAUGAUCGCAACUGGAAAAGUGAAUUCUUUGCAGUUGAGGGGAGCAGACGCUUGCAAGCUCAUGGGAAGGAAAAGCCUGAGAUAGUUUGUUAUCCUGGAGCAGGGCACUACAUUGAACCCCCUUUUUUCCCCAUGUGUGCAGCCUCAAUGCAUCUUCUAGUUGGCAUGCCUGUGGUGUGGGGAGGGGAGCCCAAGGCACACUGCGAGGCACAGAUAGAUGCUUGGCAGCAGAUCCAGGCUUUCUUCCACAAACACCUCACAGGCAAGCCACCUCGAAUAUCUAAUAAGCUAUGAUGUGAGUUUGGUUACUUUACAGAUUAAUAUUCUUUGUUAAAUGGCUCAAAGAACACCAGAGAAUAAGCUAUGGGACUUCCUAGAGGGUCAUAAUGGGCAAGAGUACAAGAGCUGCAUCAUUUUAACUCCCUCCUCUAACCUUGGAGGUCUUGUCCUCCUGUUGUGUGUAGUAUGGGAUUACAAACCAUGGAAAAGUGUUGAUGGUUAGGCUGGGUCUGCUUUGAACAUGAACUUAAGGGGAAGGGAACUCAUCCAAGCUGAGAAGUGGAAUGACAAUUUACCUUGGCUUUCUCAGAGGAAACAUUCUGUAUGCCAUUGUCCUUACCACAGCCAGCUUCAUGCUCUUUCCUCUUCUCCCACAUCACUGAAACGUAUCAGCCUUAACACUUAAUAUCUAGUAUGUCACUUACCAACAGCAGCAACACUCUGCCUGCAUCAACAGCCCAUAACCUAAGGUGACAUUCUGGGCACAGGCAAUGGAAAAUGAGGUAUUUGUUUUGAGGUGGUUUUGAGGUGCUGGUAAGCAUGAAGAACUAACAGAUUUGGAUCUGUUUGUAGUCUGUGCCUGGAACUCCUCAGUUCCAGAACUGGGCAUCUCCUCAGUAGGGCUGGACAUCCCUUCGUAGGCCAGCAGCACCUGUACAUCCCCUUGAUGCCUCCACAGCUUCCUGGUUUCUAAGUGCUGCUAAAACCAGCAAGGCUGCAAAGCCGGCAUGGCAGCUUCUAGAGGAAUCUUGAGCCAAGCACUGUUCAGGGGGGGUUGCGGGAGCUGCUGCCCGGUGCGGGAAGGCAGCAGGGGCAGGGCAGGGGAUGCUGUGUCCGGAGCUGUCUCUCGCUGGCCCUGUGUCUGUGUCUCUGAGGAGCCGGGGGCUCUCUCUCAUCCCUCACCUGGGGGUCAUCAGUCACUUUUGGCAGCGAAGGAGCUGGAAUUAAAAAUCACUGAAUAUUGCUCCAGGGGUGCCGGUGAGGCUGCACUGUUGUACUCAAAAUGUUUUAAUACGUCGGUGCCUUAAAAACCCAAGCUGAGUGGACAAAGUCUUUUAGUCACUGCUCAUGUUUAUGUGUAUUCUGUACGUCUGUCGAUGCCUUUUGCAAUCGUUGUCCUUUUUUUUUUUUUUUUUUUUAAUGGAUUAAAAUGAAACGGUAA